UUGGGCCAUUGCAUUUGAAACAACUGGCGAAGUUUGUGGAGCUCAGGAACAUUUAGAAAUCCAGGUGGAAGUCUUUCCUUUAAGGAUUCCAAAUGGUGCUGGGCUGCAGGGAGCAAAAAGUCUAUUAAAGAUGUUAAAAGCUGUAUUGAAGAAGAGUCGAGAAGGAGGAAAGGGAAGCAAGAAAGAGUCAGGUGACUUUUGUGCUGAGAAUGCACCUCAAAUUAUCAGCGCAUCUGGCCACAGAACAGAUUUUUCCAUAAGUAAUAUUUCGGGAGGAGAAGACGCAUGCAGGACAAACUUCACAAAAGGAGUUUCCAUGUCUUUGCCUUCAUCUCCCUUGCUGCCUCGUCAGUCUUAUUUGGUGCAGUCGAGAUCGAACAAAAAAUCUCCAGGUCCAAUCAGGAAGCCCAAGUACGUGGAGAGUCCCAGAGUGCCAGGAGACGCAGUUAUAAUACCACUGAGAAAAGUGUCAGAAUCAACAGAGUCCAAUCAGAAUGAAGCAAAGCCAGACAAUGAAUCGAGCUGUUCGCCUGCAGCUCAGGAACUGUUGACGAGGCUGGGAUUUUUGCUGGGAGAAGGGAUCCCAAGUACUGCACACAUAGCCCUUGAAGAAAAAAAUGAAGCCAUGUGUACAGCUCCCAGCCAAGGGAUCAGUCCUUGCUCUACACUAACGAGCAGCACGACAUCACCUAGCACUGACAGUCCCUGCUCAACCUUGAAUAGCUGUGUCAGCAAGACGGCAGCCACCAAAAGUCCCUGUGGGACCAUUAGCAGCCCUAGUUCCACACUGGAAAGCAAGGACAGUGGGAUUAUAGCCACAAUUACAAGUUCAUCCGAGAACGAUGACCGGAGUGGCUCCAGUUUGGAAUGGAGUAAAGAUGGAAGCUUAAGAAUUGGAGUCCAGCAAGGAAUUCUUCAUGAUCGGAGGGCAGAUAAUUGUUCCCCGGUGGCAGAAGAGGAGACAACCGGAUCAACAGAGAGUCUGCCCAAAGCAGAAGGAUCUGUUGGAGAUGGUCCUGUUCCAUACACACAGAACUCCAGCUCCCUAAUCAUGCCACGGCCUAACUCAGUUGCAGCAACAAGCUCAACCAAGUUGGAAGAUUUGAGCUACUUAGAUGGACAGAGGAAUGCUCCCCUUCGAACGUCAAUCAGAUUGCCUUGGCACAAUACCGCAGGAGGUCGAGCACAGCAAGAAAUUAAAGCACGGUUUGUCCCUUACAAGCCACAAGACAUUUUGUUGAAGCCACUGUUGUUUGAAGUGCCAAGCAUAACAACAGACUCUGUGUUCAUUGGAAGAGAUUGGCUCUUUCAACUGAUAGAAGAAAACUUGAAGAAUACAGAGUUGGCAGAAAAUAGGGGAGCAGUCGUUGUUGGAAAUGUGGGAUUUGGGAAGACUGCAAUUAUUUCUAAGUUGGUGGCACUUAGCUGCCAUGGGAGCCGCAUGAGACAGAUUGCUUCAAACAGUCCCAGUUCAUCGCCUAAAAGUUCUGAUCCCUGCCAGGAUCUUCCUUUCACCCCAUUGUUCUCACCCAGUGCCUCCACCGGUGCUCCCAGUGCUGUGAAAGCCCCAAGUUGUCCUGGUACUCCUGAGCAUCAGAGACCGGUAGAUGGUGCCUUGAGAUACCUUGCCUCUAAGGUUGUGGCCUAUCACUAUUGCCAAGCUGACAACACCUACACAUGCCUGGUCCCUGAGUUUGUGCACAGCGUCGCUGCUUUGCUGUGCCGCGCACAUCCGUUGGCUGCCUACAGAGACCUGCUGAUAAAGGAGCCCCAGCUACAGAGUAUGCUGAGCCUUAGGUCAUGUGUUCAGGACCCAGUGGCAGCUUUCACCAGAGGAGUCCUGGAACCACUUGCCAACCUCAGAAAUGAGCAGAAAAUUCCAGAGGAAGAAUACAUUAUUUUGAUAGAUGGCCUAAAUGAAGCUGAGUUUCAUAAACCCGAUUAUGGAGACACACUUUCUUCAUUUAUUACCAAAAUUAUUUCUAAAUUUCCUGCCUGGCUGAAGUUGAUUGUAACUGUAAGAGCAAAUUUUCAGGAAAUCAUAAGUGCAUUGCCAUUUUUCCGAAUUUCACUGGAUGAUUUCCCUGAAAACGAAGAGAUCCACAAUGAUCUGAAUGCCUAUGUCCAGUAUAGGAUCAACAGUAGCCAAGAGAUUGUCAGCAACAUUUCUCUAAAUGGGAAAGCAGAUGCUGCCAUCAUUGGGAAAGUAAGCAACCAUCUUGUCAUGAGGAGCUUGGGAUCUUAUCUGUAUUUGAAGCUGACAUUGGAUCUCUUCCAAAGAGGACAUUUAGUGAUUAAAAGUGCAAGCUACAAAGUUGUUCCUGUGUCUCUAUCAGAACUCUAUUUGCUGCAGUGUAACAUGAAGUUCAUGACCAACUCUGCCUUCGAAAGAGCUCUUCCCAUUUUAAAUGUGGCUCUUGCUUCCCUUCACCCCAUGACGGAUGAACAGAUUUUUCAGGCUAUCAAUGCUGGUCAUAUACAAGGCGAACAGGAGUGGGAUGACUUUCACCAAAGAAUGGAAUCCCUUUCGUGCUUCCUGAUAAAGAGGAGAGACAAAACACGCAUGUUUUGCCAUCCCUCCUUCAGAGAAUGGCUUGUUUGGAGAGCUGAUGGUGAAAACACUGACUUCUUGUGUGAGCCAAGGAAUGGACACGCUCUCUUGGCAUUUAUGUUCUCCAGACAGGAGGGAAAGUUGAAUCGCCAACAAACCAUGGAACUUGGGCAUCACAUUCUUAAGGCACAUAUUUUUAAGGGUCUCAGUAAAAAAACUGGAAUUUCUUCAAGCCAUCUUCAAGCCCUAUGGAUUGGGUAUAGCACUGAUGGACUGUCAGCUGCUCUUGCGUCCUUGAGAAAUCUUUACACUCCCAAUGUGAAGGUAAGCCGUCUCCUGAUCUUGGGGGGAGCCAAUGUAAACUACAGGACGGAAGUUUUGAACAACGCCCCAGUGUUAUGUGUCCAGUCCCACCUUGGCCAUGAGGAAGUGGUCAUUCUUCUGUUGGAAUUUGGAGCCUGCCUGGAUGGGAUGUCAGAGAACGGCAUGACCCCACUCUGCUAUGCAGCAGCUGCUGGCCAUAUGAAUAUAGUCUCUCUGCUGUCCCGAAAGGGAGCAAGGAUUGAUCACCUGGACAAGAAAGGCCAAUGUGCAUUAGUACACAGUGCUUUACGGGGACACUGCGACAUCCUUAAAUUCCUGCUGAAUUAUGACUGGACAGCUAGUACUCAUCAGCAAAGCAUGUUAAGGAAAAGCCAGGCCCUUCAGCAGGCAUUGACUGCAGCCUCUAGUAUGGGGCACAGUGAGGUGGUCCAGUGCUUGCUGGGAAUGGAAAAGGAAUAUGAAGUAGAUGUCAAUGGCACAGACACAUUAUGGGGAGAAACAGCUUUAACGGCUGCUGCAGGAAGAGGGAAGCUGGAAGUGUGUGAAUUGCUGCUACAACAUGGAGCAACUGUGUCCAGAACGAACAAAAGAGGGAUCCCGCCCUUGUUCUGUGCUGUGCGCCAGGGCCACUGGCAGAUUGUCAGAUUGCUGUUAGAACAUGGCUGUGAUGUGAACUCAGGUGACAAGCAGGGUCGGACCCCACUCAUGGUGGCUUCUUGCGAGGGGCAUUUGAACACUGUGGAAUUUUUGCUCUCCGAAGGUGCAGCUAUUUCUUCUCUGGAUAAAGAGGGACUGUCAGCAUUAAGCUGGGCAUGUCUGAAAGGCCAUAGGGGAGUGGUUCAGUACCUGGUUGAGAAAGGAGCUACAAUAGAUCAAACAGACAAGAAUGGGCGCACACCCCUAGAUCUGGCAGCAUUUUAUGGUGAUGCAGAUACUGUUCUCUAUCUUGUGGAAAAAGGAGCUGUCAUUGAGCACGUGGACCACAGUGGCAUGCGUCCUUUGGACAGGGCAAUUGGUUGUCGUAACACAUCUGUCGUGGUCACCUUACUGAGAAAAGGAGCCAAAUUAGGAAAUGCAGCUUGGGCAAUGGCCACUUCAAAACCUGAUAUUCUGAUUAUACUUUUACAGAAGUUAAUGGAGGAAGGAAAUGUGUUGUAUAAGAAAGGGAAGAUGAAGGAAGCAGCCCAGAGAUACCAAUGUGCCUUAAGGAAAUUUCCUCGUGAAGGGUUUGGUGAAGACAUGAAGGCAUUCAAUGAACUACGGGUUUCCCUCUAUCUGAACUUGUCCCGGUGCCGAAGGAAAACAAAUGAUUUUGGCAUGGCAGAAGAAUUUGCUUCCAAGGCUCUGGAGUUGAAACCCAAAUCCUAUGAAGCUUAUUAUGCCAGAGCAAGAGCAAAGAGGAAUAGCAGGCAAUUUGUGGCUGCUCUGGCUGAUUUGCAGGAGGCUGUGAAGUUGUGUCCCACCAACCAAGAAAUCAAGAGGCUUCUGAGUCGUGUAGAAGAGGAAUGCAAACAGCUGCAGAAAAGCCAGCAACAGAAGCAACAGUGCCCUCCCUUGGCCCCAGCCAAUGACUCAGACAAUGAGGAGGAGGCCCCACCUCCUGGAUUGGAUGAUCAGUUUCCCACGGAGGAGGCUGAAGAGGAGGUGACAGUGCAGCUGGGGGACUUGGUUUCACUGCCUGUGAGGCCUCAGCCCUCUUCCUCAGCACCUGCUCCAUACAGUAGAACCCUUCAGGAAGGUCUGCAGCCAAAAGCAAGAUCAGCAUCACCCCAGAAUAGGCCAGCAAGCAGUAAGCUCCCAAGGGAGCCAGUUGUUCAGCCAGGUUUGAUAAUGCAGCCUACUAAGCGGGCACAGAUUGUGAAAACCAACCAGCACCUGAGUUCUCUUCAGUCUAACUUGAGAACUGGAGUAGGUACUAGUGGUGCAAAAAUUCAGGCUUCUUCUCAGAAUCCUCCCCCAAGUCCCAUGCCAGGAAGGUCACCUGCGAUUCUCACUAAUAGAAGCCAACAUUUAGAAGGGACAGGCUCUUUCCCUACAGGAGCCAACUCUGGCCUAUAUGGUGACCGGCUGGGCAUCAGUCAGAAUGCACAUCUGCAGCGCAGUGAGAGUGGCUCUGCAUAUCCUUUACCAAGCAAGGUUAAAACUGCAGAGAGGCUUCUAGCUCAUGCUUCCUUAACAAAUAUGGAAGUAGCCCCUCCAAGCCAAAGCGUGUCAGUGAAUUGUAGUGAUAUGAGGCAUGUAGGUUCUCUGGCUAAUUCAGCCUCUAACGGUUCUCCAUCUGGAAGCAUGAAAAUGUCCACUUCAGCCAGCAGUUUAGCUUCAAGUAGCAGUUUUUCCGAUGGUUUGAAGGCCCAAGGGGUAGAUGCAAGAAAUAAGGAGAAGGUGGCUAAUAACCAGGGUCAGAGUGGUACAGCUGAGCACAGGCCACGCAAUACUCCAUUCAUGGGCAUUAUGGAUAAGACUGCAAGAUUCCAACAACAGGGAAAUCCAUCCAGCCGUACCUGGCACUGCCAGGUGACCGAGGGGUUACUGACAAACCCAUCUGCAGCUGGCCUGCAGUCUUCACACUGUGAGCAGCCCUCUGUCAAACUAGGAGGAUACAAUAACCAAACUAAAAUGUGUUCUGCUUCCCCCCUGGGUGGAAUUGUCCACAAUGGGGCCCAGUUGAAAGAACUUGAGGAAAACAAGUGCCAAAUAUCAGCCCAUUGUCAAGACAGCCGGAGAGCCAAGAAUGUUUCUCAUUUGUAUCCGGAGAGCAUCUCGAAACAACAGCCCCCUAUUAGUAAGGAAAUCCAUCGGAGUCAUAUCACUUCAGCAAAACCAAAGCGAUCGUUCAUAGAAUCCAAUGUGUAAGCAUUAAGAGAAGUGCUGUGUAAAACAGAGAAAGCAAUGUACUGGUGCCUGGGGUAAAUUACUAAUUGUGGCUGUUUUAUCCUAAAAAUAAGAGCUUUUUAGUUAUGGUUUUUGAUGUUUUCUGUGGGGCUGAUUGUGAUUGGGUAUUGACCAUCAGUGGUAUCAAAAAAAGUAGGAUAAACCACUUUAAUGUGAAGCUAAAAGUCACCAUGAACAAGAAUGUUAACUGGAAUGUCAAGCAGAGCUGGAAAAAAUUGACAAAUAAAUG